GUCAUUUUCCAUGUCUGCAUACGAAAACUACACAAGUUUUCAUCCUAUUCUAGAUCUGAAAUAUCUACAGAUUCUUAAGCUUAAAUUAAGUGAAAGAAUAAAAAAUCAAAAAGCUGUAACCAAAUAGCAACAUUAGGCGAUGAGUAGAGACAAUUGGGAAAGGUUGGUUGUAGCCGUUCUACGGAAAGAAAAGGAUCGGGAAAUUGCCCGUGGCCCCUCCUUGGACCCGAGUGAUGUCAGUUCCAGGUUAAGUUCUAUUUCUAUUUCGUCGGAUCUCAGUUCCACGUUCAAUUUCAGUUCUCCUGCUCACGAGCAUGUGCCUGUCUCGCCCGCUCAAGGUACAUCUAUUUCUCCUCCUCGCGAGCAUGUGCCAAUCUCGCCCCCUCAAGCGGUACUUACAGCAGUCAUUAACCAAGCAGUGGAGAGACGCACCAAUCUAAUUGUCGGCUCACGCUUUUAUAGAUUGAAGGAGGACAUGGAACGGAUUGAACGACAAAUGAGUUACUUCAAAUCAUGUCUCAAAGAUGCCGAGUCGAAGCAAGGUGGAAGCCAUGAAGUUGCUAACUCGAUAAUUGACACGAGAGAUCUUCUUUUGGACUUCGAGGAUAUUUUGGAUACUUACAUUCAGAGCGAAUCACACAAGGGAAAGGGUCCAUUUCGAUUCGUUAAGCAUACUGCUCGUAUACUGUGUUUUGGUGGCAUAACCAAUACCUUUUCCCAGAAAAUUGAAGAAAUCAAGAGACGGGCACAAGAAAUUAAAGCCACAAGAGAAAGAUACCGUAUUAUUUUGGAUGCGUAUGAAGGUGAUGCAGAUUUGGAGGUAUGGAAUCGAAGACAAGAAUUCCUAGUUGCCACGGAGUCGAUGGUUGUAGGUCGUGAAGAUAAAUUCCAGGAACUCGAGGAAAAAUUGAGGAGCUCAAACCCGGAGUGUAAAAUGAUAUGUGUUGUAGGAGAGGCAGGUGUAGGUAAGACCACCGUUGCUAAAACAAUAUAUAAAGAAAUGAGAAAUGAGUUUACUUCUUCUGCCUUAGUCUAUGUCUCAAAUGAGCCUAGACUCCAAGAGCUUCUACUUGAAAUAGCGAAGCAAGUUGGCCUUGAAAAUGAAAAGAUGAACGAAAAUUUGGAGGUCAACUUGCGUUCUCUUCUCAAUGAAAACAGAUGCUUAAUUUUUCUUGAUGAUAUUUGGAAAAAUGAAACUUGGGAUGAGUUAAUAAAUGUUAUCCCCAUCAAUUCGAGAAAUUGUAGCAGAAUUAUCAUUACUUCUAGGUAUACUCAUGUGGGUAGAUAUAUUGGUGGUGAAAGCUCGUUGAUUGAAUUGGAUCUCUUAGAUCAAGAAAAGAGCUGGGAACUCUUCUCCGAGUCGAUGAAAUCUUCUUCAGAAAAUAUGAGUGAGAUUUCCUCCAGUAGAAUUGGAAGAUAUCGCUAAGAAGAUAGUACAAAGAUGUGGUGGGUUGCCAUUGGCAAUUGUGGUUGCGGUGGGUAUGUUGCGGCAAAGAGAUAAACAUGCUUGGAAAGAGGUGCUUGACAGCAUCAUCACGUGUUGAAAAUAGUUGUUCAAAAAUCUUGUCUUUGAGUUACAAAGAUUUACCUCAAGACUUGAGGCAUUUCUUUCUUUACUUCGGGCUCUUCCCAGAAGAUCAAGAAAUUUUUGCACAUGAUUUGUGUCAAAAGUGAUGAAUAAUUGAGAGAAAUUUCUAUAAAACGUGUGUAUCUUAUUGUCUCUAUUGCAUACAUAUAUAUUACAAUCAUUGAAUAUACAAGGAAAGUAAAUAAACGUAA